AUGGCAUCAGUGGUGUGCAUCCUGGCGCUUGCCACACUUUGGCCUGCUGCCAUCGUCAGCGCCAUAACAGUCUUGCCCGGUGGCGCUCCGAAAGCAUACGCCGGUGCAGCCGGUACGCUGACGCCGUACGACUUUUACACGCAAAGCGCGCCAAACGAGUUCGGUAACCGGUCUGUUGACAUCUUCAUGUCCAACCGCGACAACAUCGACUAUUUUGUCCAGGACGAUUAUCGGGUCCUGCCAUCUGCCGAUAGUUUUGUACGCGGCGCCCUGCAGGCCUGGGGCGAGCAUCUGCACCUCGUGCUCCAGCCAGACGAGCUGUGGCUGACCGUGCUAGCCCAAAUCAAUUUUUAUGUCAACGCGCAUCCGGCGGAGGCAGCGGCUCGAGCGUACGACCUGCGUGCCAACGAGACGGUCAUCGACUCGGCAUACCCGGACUGGUACACAUUCAUGGCGUCUCUCUACGCCGCAGUAACGAGCCGCAUCCAAGUCGACUGGCUACAGCACCAGUGGAUCUCGCCCAACUUCACGACAUCGACAAACGAUCACGUCAUGGCAGCACACAUCCUUAUGCUGGCAAAGACGCGCCCUUUUGGGCGCAAGCCUCCACCACAUACCGGUGCUGCCCUUCUGUGCGGGCUGCCGUCGGUUACACUACUCGGCACCCGCCAGGACUGGGCCGUGGUACAGUGGCGCGUGGAGCGGAUGUCGGUCUUCGGCCCCGAAGCGGCAGCCUACGGUGCGCGGUUGCUACCCGUGGUCCGCCGCUUCGUGCAAACCUUUGACGCACCAGACGACCCAGCCAUCAUAGAAUUCUGGAACUCCAUCGUCGUUGCCCAGCCAGCGGCAGCAUCCACGGCGACGACAAACACGGGCGGCGGCAUGAAGAGCACAACGGGGACAAUGGCUCCGCCACCAGACCGCGAGCCACAUACGCCGCAUACAUGCAGUGGCACGUCAAACGGGCCGAGUUUCAACAUCUCUGGCUGGAUCACGGCAUUUUAUUAUUGGGAUGCUGAUGGCAAGCCGUUUGGCCGGGAUGUCGUAGCAGGUGCUAGCACAACCACGCUUGACAACGUCACCUACCCGUCUAUCGACCUGCGCACCCUUCCUAUUGCGUAUGGCCGCACAUCGAUUGUGUUGCCUCGCUUCAACGGCACAGACAAUUUUCAAAUUCUCGCCAUGGGCGGACCCAUGGGCAAACGCAUCGAUCGGGGCGCGCCCACGGGUUAUUUUGAGGCGCUGAACCGCACACAGAAGCUGAAUCUAGCACCGUGGAUCGAAUCUGACGGUAACAACACAGUAGAAGCUGACGGGCCACCCACCAACAAUCUCAAUCAGACGUAUACACAGUGGGCCAACACAUCAUUUGGUGGUUAUGACCCGCAAAAGCAUGCCACCCUGUCACCAUUGACGUCGUGGAUACUGUACGGGCCGGACACAACGUCUGCGAGUACCGAUAUGGCUCUGAACAGCAGCAGCGGUGUGGCCAUACCCCCACUGUGGCAGCCUGAGCUCGAGCUGGGCACGGUAGCUGCGGCGCUUCUUAGCCAUUUCAAUACAACGCAGUGUGGUGCCCCUCCAGCACCGGGGUUGGCAAAGCGCCACCACAGGCGGAAUUCACAGUGGCAUGGUUGA